AUGUGCUUCCAGACCAUCGAGUUCGCCGGGUGCAAAAACGACAACUGCACCAUCGCGUGGUACGUCCGCCCGUACCGGCCCACGACGUGCGACGUUGUGCGCGAAAAGUUCCCCCACGUGGCGGAGACGGGCAUCGGCUUCUGCGGCAGGGGCGUCCAUGUGACCCGCAGGGUCAUCAAGAGCGACUACUACUGCGCGAACUGCCAGGCGACGGAGGGUCGCAAGGAGGCGCGGCGCAAGCGCAAGGAAGAGAAGCAGCGCAAGGAGGCGGAGGGGUAA